UCUACCCCUCAGCCGACCAGCAUCCCUCUCUGAGCGCUCUGGAGGACAUACCGGGUCCACUCCCGGUAUUUGGGAGGUAUGGGCUGGUUUCCGUCUUUUGGGAGAUUUUUCUUUUGGAGGAGGAAUGACUUCCAGAAUGGAGAGAACAAACCUCUGAUACCAAAGGGAGACGUUAAAAACUCAGAGGGUACCUCAGCGGCCACGUAUCUGGGAACGCACGACAGUUCAGGAAGUCAAACCAGCUCGAGCUCAUCCUGCCAUGAAGGGUCAAUCAGAGCUUCAUCACGGAGGAUCUUCACUCCACGGGUUCACAGUUCAUCCAGUUGGAGCGACUAUAUUCUGAAGUACCUCCUCAUCACGAGCAACCUGCUCUUCACUGCUCUCGGUCUGGUCACGCUAGUGGUAGGCCUGUGGGGUUUGAUUAACAAAGAGUCCUUUGCUCAGGAGAAGAUCAGCGGUAUCGGCACAGACCCCAUGCUGCUCUUCACGUUCCUCGGUUUGGUUCUCGCCCUGCUGAGCCUGACGGGAUGUGUGGGAGCGUUGCGGGAGAACAUGUGCCUUCUUCGGACCUUCUCGGCUACUGUGCUCCUCCUUUUGGUGGCGCAGGUUCUGGCGGCGGUCCUGGUUUACAGCAUGCAAGGCCAGAUCGUGGAGGUCUUGCGCUCGGGUAUGCAGGCCGCCAUGGUGCGGUACCAGGACGACCUGGACCUGAGGUUCAUCACUGAUGAGAUCCAGACGGGCCUGCAGUGCUGCGGGGCGGAUACCUACAGAGACUGGGAAAUCAAUGUGUGAGUGCAUGAGCAAAAUGGGUGGAAAUCAAGAGAGGGGCUGACA